AGAUUUUUCAGCAACGCGAGAGGUUUUUUUUUUCGCAGACUGUUGAGCAAGAAAAAAUGAGUCAACGGCUCUCCAGCACUACAGGGCGUGCAACAGUAGUUCAGCCGUACCGGCGGAUUCAGGCAGCAGCACCAGGGCCAAGGAAAAGCUACAAAGCUGCAGCUGUCGCCUCUAGAAGAACGUUAUGCGGGUUUCUCGCUUCGCUGGUGCCGCCUUCGGCUGUACUUGAUGCACAUGCUGAAUUUUUACCAGGAACUGCUGGCGCAGAAGUCUUGAAUAAAAACGAGGAUGUUAUCCCAGCGUCGGCGGUCCUCGUCCCAACAUCAUCGGACGGAGGUUCAUCCGCAGCACCGGAAGACAUCACAGCGAGCCCGUUUCUCGCUUUUUCCGAGGUGACGCCAGAAGGAGCGACGUCAACGUUCGAGCAACUGGACAUCAGGCAGGCAACAUCGAGUGGGCGCAGUGCGGAUGUCGAGGUGCCGACUUCAUCAUCCGCAGGAGAAAGAAACUAUGACGCCGACGAGGAAGCGAAAAAAGUCGUGCUCGCCAUCGACAGAAUGACCACCGCACUGCGAGGAGGAGGAGAGGGUGUGGAAGCAGGAGGAACCACGCAUGAAGUAAACGUCUCGACGACGGCAGAGGCUCCUCGCGAGCUGAGCGCGAUCAUGGAGCGCUACGCACCGUUGAUACACGCCGAGUUGCACGACGCCGCCACUGAUGCUGAGGAGCAUGGUGAAGCUCCUUCUUUUCGUGCCGAAACUAUUUUCAGCUUCAAAAGAAUUAUCGAAGUGAAAAAUCCCCCCUCCUUAUAUCCAGAUGAAAAUUUGUGUUUGUGAUGCUGGAAUUCCGUACACAAAUCUUCAGAUCUGUCUUGCAGUAAAGGAGUGCAUGCAUAUGCCGGGCCUGAAUCGAGAGCCUUUGGCGUAGGCACCUAGCAUGACAAAUGUCUAUGCUGCAAGCCCAACAGCAUGACAAACCGCCUGCGCAAUGCGGCGGACUUUCUGCGUUUGCCUUCUUUCAAGACAAACAGGAUUUCUGGUUUUACAAAUUUGCAUCGCAAAUCUUCAGAUUGAUGCGUUUUUUAUAUGGGGAGCGCGGAUUUUUCCUCACCAUAGAAAAUGCUGUGCUGACCAAGAGAAGUACAGCUACAGCCGGCGUCUGCCGGGCGGUAAUCGGGUAUUUCUCUUCCCCAGCCGAGAUUACCGAGUGCAGAAACUGCCGCACUUUGAAGCCCGGGAACUUGAAGAGAAGCGUGCUGAGAGCGCUGCGGGAAGAACAGCGCGUCGAGAAGCAGAUCCCGCCAGGAAUGGUCAUUUCUGCUUCAUCGCCAGGUGUGCUGCCGCUGCCGGAAAGACAACUAGGAGAGCAGGGGGAGGGGAACCACGACAUCAGCACGACGACAGCACGACUGGGCAAGAAUUCCAAUGCCUGUGCGGCAGACUCCGAGCAGUCCUGUGCCGGGCUCGUGCUGUCCCAGAGCGAACGGAAGUGCCGCAAGCAACGGCGGAGCGAGUGCUGCGCCUGGGUCCGGGAGGACGCACGGACGCUGCUGCAGGAAUUUGAGGCGGUGGUGGAAUUGGAAGAACAUGAUGAGCCGAAAGAAGAACGACCGUCGAGGAGUCGUGAAAAAAAUCCGCUGCGUGUAGCGUUGAAGGAGUUGGAGGCGAAGUUCCAGCUACCGCUUUUCCGUUCAACUGGUCGUACUGCACGGGAUGCUGUAGAAGUUCCGUCUACCACGACUUCACACUAUACGAGGUCCCCCUCGAGCUUGUUUCCCACUACGUUGCACAACCUCGCACUGUUUUACGCCUUGGCCUCGAACGGGGCGCCAGGGCCGGCGGCGCGGCUGUUGCAGGAGGUGGCGGAGAAGCUUGUGGCGGGAAACAACGGUUUGAAAAGCAGCACGAAAAAAAUCAUCGCGCAUCAGGUCCUGCUCGAGCUCGGAGAGGUGGCGCAGCUCCAGCUACAAGAGGCGCUGUUGGGGUGAAAGUCGAAGUCUGCGGAUUAGUGUCCUCUUUAUCUGGGCCUGCAGAAGAUGCCCAUGAGGAUAAAUGGAAAAAAAAUUAUGAACGGCGCUUGAUGAAUUUUUGGGUGAAUAGUUCUUGAAGCAGAUGAAGCAACAAGGUUGCGCAGUGCUGUGAAAUCUUGAAUAUGAGACCUUCUUGUACGGUGUUGGCACACGGACGCUGGGGCACCUCAC